CAAUUGCCAAUUUAAGAGGUGUAUUGAAAGAUCGGCAAUAUCACAGCAACGAGGUAUCCGAAACUGAUACUGAAAAAGCCAAUAGGGAGCGCCUAGCUGGCAAUUGUAUCGGUGAUGAUCACAAAGAUCGAGUCAUUAAAGUUUUGGAUAAAAGCUGA